UUUAUGUUUAUAUAAGAAAAAACCAAAAAGCAAUCACAUUCGUUAGUCCCAUGUUCCCCCAGCCCCUUUCUCUUUUUCCCUUCCAAAUGGAAUCAAAACCCUAGCUAGCCUUCAUGACCACCACCGCCGUUUUGGUCCCCAUCGUAUGUGCGUUUAACCCCAUUCAGUUUUAUGCUUUCCCCGUAUUUCUCCGUUACACAGAAUGGUGUUCUGAAAAUGUAAUUGAGGAGAUUGUACUGUUGUUUAUGGCCUCAUGUACUGUCGUAAAUGUAGUUACUUUCUACAAGAUGGCUACUUUGCGUGUACAUGACCAAUCACCAUGUCACUAGCAUCUACAACAUCAGGCACCUCCCACCACCACCAUGGGCUACGUGUUACUAUAAAUUCAUCACCCAUAUGAAUACUCCAGCAUUGCUCCAGUGAGAGUUCAAGUAACAACUCUUUACAGCUCCACAUAUAUUGGUUACAAAUGGCAAGCACGUACAACAACCUCAAGGAUAUUGAGGCAUCUUCAGACCACUUAAUAUUGAGGAUUAAAGUGAGAGUCGUGAAAAUAUGGUCAUUGUCUCCUGCUGAGCAAAAAUACGUGAAGCCAACUUUAGAGUUGGUGGUCAUGGAUUACGUGGGGGAUCGAAUCCAGUGCACUAUUAGGAAUGCUCAGAGGAGGCUCUUUGAAGAUGAGUUAUCAGAGGGAAAAAUCUAUAUUGUAUGUAACUUCUCAACUUCCUUGAAUGACCAGAAAUACAAGGCCACUAAUCAUGCAUGUAGGAUAUACUUCAAGAGGGAUACUCAACUUCAGAUGGUCCAUGAUCCAUCCUUUUCGGAGAAUGUGUUUCGUUUUGUUCCUAAUGAUCUAAUAUUGAACCACACAAAUGCUCAGUCGCAUCUUAUAGAUGUUAUUGGUCUACUUACUGGCAAGGGUGACAUAAUUGAAUUUACUAAGAAUGGCAAGAAGUGCAGCUACAUUGUUCUCGAGCUUGAUGACAUGCAGGGAAAAGGCAAGAUUAGGUGUACACUUUGGGAGGAUUUUGCAACUAUGUUGGUCAAGCACAUUGAAGAGCAACCAACAUCAGAGUACAUCAUCAUUGUACAGUUCGCUAAGUUCAACCUCUUUAAAGGUGCAAUGGGCAUAUCAAAUACCAAUCAUAAUUCAAUUCUCUACAUCAAUGCGGACUUCCAAGAGGUUAAGGAUUUUCGCAAGAGCGUCGUCAUGGCGGGGGUUCCACGUGCAAACCAACUAUCCCAAAUUGCUGCGGAGCCAGCGUACUCUAUGGAGGACGAUCUCAUCAACGUCUCCAUUUAUAAACCCAUUUCUGAACUCAAGGCAUCCAUUGAGGAGGCUGAGGAUUCUUACUAUUGUGCCAAGUGUGCCGCCUAUCCAACGACUCACACACCCAGGUUGCUGAUGAUACCGAUACGGCUUCAUUCCUUCUUUAUGACAAGGAAGCGGCCAAAUAUCUUGGAAUCUCUGCCUCUGACCUCAGGCUUGCACAACUAACUAGGGGUGGAGUAAAUGAGGAAUACCCAAUAGAGCUCAAUUCCUUUAGGGGUAAGAAAUUCCUUUUCAAGGUUUCUGUCAAGAUGGAAGAUCUAAAUUCUUUCCAGCCUUGCAAGGUCAUUGUGAUGAAGAUGACUGAUGAGAUAUCGCUUAUAACAAAAUUUUUAGGAAAGCAUGAUAUAUACCAGCAAAACCUUGCACUGGAACACUCAGAACUAUUGACCCUGCAAACUGCUUCCACCGACACGCCAAAGUUAAAAAUGCAGGGCACGGGUUCUCCUUCUGUUGUGGCUUUGGUGGACAACUCUAAUGAUGCUUUCUCAAUCCCCAAGAGAAACAUUAUUAGUGGUGGAUGCUCUAAGCGACUCAUUGAUCUUUAUCCAGACUCUGCUAAUGGAUCAUCAUCGAAGUGUAGAAAGCUCGAAGAUGGCAUUCCCGGAGUUGAUAAAGUCUACCAAGAUUAGUCUGGAUAGAUUCUCAAGCAAAAUAUAUGGUGGACGAAUGAUCAAGCUCAAGUACCAUAGUAUAUUUCCCAGUAUCAAUGUUGCAUAUAAUCAUGGUUUCGUGUUGUGUCCUUUAGUGAAGUGAUGAUGUUGGUUUUUUUUCCCUUUAGCUAUGUCAUCCAAUAAUGCAUGGUCUAAUGCUACCAAACCAUGCGAUUCAUUGUGUGCAUGUAAUGCUUAUUAUGUAUGUCGAGCAAAAGCAAUAUCUAUGAUAUGCGCUUGCUUCUUA